AUGGGUCCGGAGUCUGGGGGUUUUGAGUCUGGGGGUGCUGAGUCUGGGAGUCCUACACCUGGAAGAGCCCUCUCCUCGGAGCAGCUGCAUGAGUGGUACUUUCAGUACUGCAGCCUCCGGAGAGGUACCUCUGGAGCCAGGCGUAUCACUGGGACUGGUGCUGGUGCUUCCCCUCCUCGUCGGGAGCUCCUCUCUUGUGAGAGGAUUCGUGAGUGGUACGAGCGACGCUGCACUCUUCGGAGUGGCGCGCCUGGUGUCGCGGACCCUACUGCUGGUGGUGCUGGUGGUGCUGCUGGAGGUGCUGCUGGUGCUGAGGACCCGGGCGUUGGAGCUGCUGCUCGUGCUGCGGACCCUGGUGCUGGAGGUGCUGCUGCUGCUGGUGCUUCUACUGGCGGUGCUGCUGGUGCUGCUGGAGGUGCUGCUGGUGCUGAGGACCCGGGAGUUGGAGCUGCUACUGGUGCUGCGGACCCUGGUGCUGGAGGUGGUGCUGCUGCUGGCGGUGCUGCUGGUGCUGCUGGAGGUGCUGCUGGUGCUGAGGCCCCGGACGUUGGUGCUGCUGCUGGUGCUGAGGACCCUGGAGAUGGAGCUGCUGCUGGUGCUGCGGACCCGGGGGUUGGAGCUGGUGCUGGUGCUGAGGACCCUGACGCUGUCUGA